AUGCAGCUGCUGCGAUCUCUGCUGUUGGCAACCUGGUUUGACUGCUGUUGCGUCGUGAUCCUCGUGACCCAGUUGGUUGGGUCACCGCUAUACCUUAUAAACAAAGACUAUUACUACGGCUACAUGGCAUUCACCAAACAGUCGUUCGGCUUGGUGAUCACCGCGCUCACCCAAUGGGGCUGUCCGACCUUCGUUCGCGUCAGCGGAGACCAGAGCGUGCGAGGUCAGAUCCAUCUGACCCGAGACGGUCGGUUGAAGACGCAAUUUCCGGAGCGCCUGGUAAUGAUCGCCAACCACCAGGUCUAUACCGACUGGAUCUACCUGUGGUGGGUGGCCUAUACAAACACGAUGCACGGCCGCAUCUUCAUCAUUCUCAAGGAGUCUUUGAAGUACAUCCCCAUCGUCGGCCAGGGCAUGAUGUUCUACGGGUUUAUUUUCAUGGCGCGCAAAUGGCUCUCCGACAAGCCGAGGCUGCAGCAUCGCCUGGAGAAGCUGAAGACCCGGCAUACCGGUUCCAAUUCCGACUCGCCCGACCACGACCCUAUGUGGCUUCUGAUCUUUCCCGAAGGGACCAACCUGUCCAUCAACACCAAACGCCGUAGCGAUGCUUACGGGCAGAAGCAAGGGCUCUCGCCCUUGAGGCAUGAGCUUCUCCCGCGAUCGACCGGGCUUUUCUUCUGCCUGCAGCAGCUCAGAGGGACGGUUGACUGGGUAUAUGACUGCACGGUUGCAUACGAGGGACCUCCAAAGGGCAGUUAUCCGGACAAGUACUUCACUCUACGAUCAACCUACCUGCAGGGAAGGCCUCCGACCUCGGUCAACAUGCACUGGAGGCGGUUUGCCGUGUCCGGCAUCCCACUUGACGAUCAAAAGGAGUUUGAUGACUGGCUGAGGGCCCGAUGGACCGAAAAGGACCAACUGUUGGAAGACUUCUUCGAAACAGGGCGGUUCCCCACCGAGCUCGCCGGUACGAUCGACGCCGAUGCAGUGUCUCCGGCGCAACGAGCGGCCGCUUCUACCGGCUACGCGGAGGCACACGUUCGCCUGGGGCAUUGGAGUGAAAUCGGGCGGAUAUUUGGGGUGCUGAUCGGCGUUGCGCUGCUGUGCAGACUCCAGUUCUGGGGCUUGGGAAGAUCCCCAUCCGGAUUAGCGCCCGCCCACCAGCCACCCGUGGCGGUGCGGCUGCAGCCUCAGGCGCCCAACCUCGUCGCUGAAAGACCGACCGGCCAAACAGACAGACUUUGUAUCCAUUCACUAUCGUCGUCGCAACACGCCCAGCUUGCCUUGAGCUUUCAUUCCCGAACCAAGGCCGGAGGUCCCCCUUUCCAUGGACCUUUGAUCGUGACUCUCUCCGUGCGGUGGUAUGAUCAUGAGCUGAGCUUUCACGUCCGAUCCGAUCCAGUUCUCCGACCUAUUCGCAUCUUCCCCAACAUCCACCUGCCAAAGGGGACUUCUCUUAUCCGACCUUCCAUCCCGCACUCGCCGACCAUGGCGUCCCUGCAGAAUGGUUAUUCCAAUGGCGUGAACGACGACCCCCUCGCGGCCAACUCAUUGGCCAACCUGCGUUUCUCUGACAUCCCAUCCGCCAUCGACAUUCCCGCCUCGACCCUCGACAGUGAGGUGGAAGUGAGUCUAGAAGGGCUUCCGGACGACCCCACGGAGCUGUGUACUCUUCUGGAGAACGAGAGGGCCGCGAAGAAUUUCUGGGUCAUCAUCGCGCUCGCGUAUGCCAAGCAGAAACAGAUCGACCAUGCUAUCGACAUCCUGAAUAAGGGACUGGCCUCGGUCGCCCAUGGAGCCACCAAAGAGAAGCUCGGCCUCUUGGGCUGGGUAUGCUGGCUGCUGAUGCUGAAGAGUCGCCAAGCUCCCCGGGUCGCCUCCGAGGGCCAAUUGUACACCGAGGCCAAGACGAAAGAUUACUACCUUCAACUCGCGACGUCGACGCUGAACGAGGCAUCGCGGCUGAACCCGGCCUUCCCGCCGUUGUUUCUUGCCCGGGGAGUCCUGUCCCUCCUGCGCUCCUCACUACACCCCCCCAGACCCGUUCGCCCCGGCACCGUCGACACGUCGGAGAGAGUGGAGUCCCUGCGACAGGCGCUCAAGUGCUUUGAUGAAUCGUCCAAGGCAUUCGGCGGCAGGAACAUCAUGGCAAUUCUGGGCCGUGCGAGAACCCAAUAUAUGCUUGGCAGAUACGCCGACGCGUUGGAAGGCUACCAGAAGGUGCUGAUGAAAAUGCCCGGUCUUACGGACCCGGACCCCCGCAUUGGAAUCGGGUGCUGCCUGUGGCAGUUGGGCUUCAAAGACCAAGCGAAAGCUGCCUGGGACCGAGCAUUGGCACUUAACCCGGAUUCCAAGGUUGCCAACAUCCUACUUGCCGUAUAUUACCUCUACGAUAGCUCGCGGCACGCUACGACCGACCCGGCUUUCGGCUCGCUGUACAAGGUAGCCAUGACGCAAUACACGCAGAAGGCGUUCAAACUGGAUAAAGAAUACCCCAUGACGUGUGCCUUGUUUGGUGGCUAUUUCCUUCUGCGGAAGUCCUACUCUACCGUCGAUACCCUGGCACGCAAAGCCAUCGAGCACACGGAUGUGAUGCAGGUCGCCAGCGACGGAUGGUACCUGCUGGGUCGCAAAGCCCACUACGAGGGCGAUCUAGCUCGUGCUGCGGAGUACUACAGCCGUUCCGACCAGGCCCGGGGUGGCGGUGACAAGGGCUACCUGCCCGCCAAGUUUGGCGCGGUGCAAAUGCAAGUGUCGGGCAAGGAUGUUGACGGGGCCAAAUUCCGCCUGGAAAAAAUCAUUCAACAGACCAGGAAUCCGGAGUGUAUGAUACUGCUUGGAGCGCUUCUUGCCGAGGAGGUUUUCGCCGCCCAGAACAGCGGUAGCAAGGAAGACAAGUCGGCGGAAGCGAAGAAAGCCACUGGCCUCCUGGAAUCCGUCCGUGCCCUCUGGAAAGACGAGAGCAAGAAGCUCUCGCCCGACGAGUCGGUCUUGGUGUAUCUGUCCCGACUUUACGAGCAGACCGCGCCGGAGAAGAGCAUGCAGUGUCUGUCCCAGCUGGAGGAAAUACAGUUGGCAGAGGUCCCCGAGGAACUGCGCCCCGAAGGCCUUGAGGAUGAGGCGCAGAUCAAGGCCGCGCUUCGAGUGAAUUUGCCCCCGCAGCUGCUCAACAACAUCGGCUGCUUCCUGUACCAGGCAGAGAAGGUGGAACAGUCGCGGACCAUGUUCCAGGCGGCCUUGGACGCCUGCGUGCGAUCGCAGGAGAAGGAAAGCGAGCUCGACACCGACGCGCUCGUCACGACCAUCAGUUACAACCUUGGCCGCAGCUACGAGGUUUCGGACAUGCCGGAGGAGGCCAAGAAGGUCUACGACGGGCUCUUGGAGCGCCAUUCGGACUACACGGAGGCCAACGCGAGAUUGACCUACAUUGCGUUGCGGCAGAGCCCGACGGACGAGGGACCCAAGAAGAUGGCCAAGCUUUACGAGGCCGACUCCACCAAUCUGGAAGUCCGCGCGCUGUUCGGGUGGUACCUCAGCAAGUCCAAGAAACGGACGGCCAACCUGGCGGAAGAUCAGGAGCAGCGGCACUACAAACAUACCCUGCAAUACUUUGACAAGCACGAUCGCUACUCGCUGACGGGGAUGGGCAACGUCCAUCUCCUCACGGCGCGAGACAUGCGGCGUGAAACCGAGCCGGAGAAGGAAAAGCGCCGCCGGAUGUACGAGCGGGCGGUCGAGUUCUUCGACAAGGCCCUUCAGCUUGAUCCCCGGAACGCCUACGCCGCCCAAGGGAUUGCCAUUGCCCUGGUUGACGACAAGAAAGACCACAGCACCGCCGUGCACAUCUUCUCGAGGAUCCGCGACACGCUGCGGGAUGCCAGUGUUUAUCUGAACCUGGGCCACGUCUUCGCGGAACUCCGGCAGUAUACGCGCUCGAUCGAGCACUACGAGGCGGCCCUGUCCAAGGACCGUGCCCGGGACGCGCAGAUCCUGGCAUGCCUGGGUCGCGUGUGGCUGCUGAAGGGCAAGCAGGAGAUGAACCUGUCGGCGAUGAAGUCGGCGCUGGACUACGCGCAGCGCGCGCACUCGGUCGCGCCGGCCCAGAUCCAUCUCGAGUUCAACGUGGCCUUCGUGCAGAACCAGAUCGCGUCGCUGGCGUACGGGCUGCCGGAGACGCAGCGGACGGUGCAGGACGUGCAGGACGCGGCCGACGGACUCCGCCAGGCGGUGGAAACGUUCGGCCGGUUGGCGCAGGCGAAGAACCCGCCCUACCCGGCGGGGGCCCUGGAGCAGCGCGCGAACAUGGGCAAGACCAUCAUCAAGCAGCUGGAGCGCGCGCUCCAGAGCCAGAAGGAGUACGAGGAGAAGAACGCGGCCAAGCUGCAGCAGGCGCGCGAGGCGCGCGAGGCCGAGAUCCGGCGACGCGAGGAGGAGGUGCGCAAGGCGCAGGAGGCGGAGCGGGAGCGCAAGCAGCGGGUGGCGGAGGAACGGCAGCGGAUGGUCGAAGAGGCGCAGCGGCUGGCGGAGCAACGCGCGGAGGAGGACCGCGCGCGCGAGGAGGCGGAACUGACCACCGAGUCGGAGACCGGGGAGAAGGUUAAGCGCAAGAAGAAGCCGUCGAAGCGCAAGAAGCAGCGCGCCGAGGAUGAUUUCAUCAACGACGGCGGGUCGCCCGGCCGGGACAAGAGCUCGGAGCCCGACAGCGAGGGCGAGACGGCGCCGAAGAAGCGUCGUCGACUGGAACGCCGGUCAGGCGGCAAGGUGCAGCAGAGCAAAUACAAGAGCAGCGAGAUGGUGGUGGACUCCGACGACGAGGACCACACCAACGCCGACGAGGACCAUGCCGGCGCGGACGAGGACGAGGACGAGGUGGUGCAGCGACGUCGGAACAAGACGAGUCGCCGAGUGGCGGACGACGACGAGGAGGAAGAGGAAGAGGCGGCAGGGGGAGGUGGAGGAGGAGAUGGACCUGACGAUGAUGCCGGAUUAUUCAGUGAGGGACCGGGCGACGAAGAUACGACGAUGAAGGAUGACGAUGAGUGA